UUAAUAUGUUAGAGGUUUCAUAAACAUAUAAACAUAAGCACGUGUAUUAAAUUAAGAAGACUUUUCGUAAUGAUUAUGAGAAAAUAUGGAUGCUUACGACAUAUUUAAGAAACUGACCAAGGGUUUGACUUUUAAGCAUCGCGUCUUGGGAGUAAAAACCAAAGAUGAGCCUAUUAAAUCAAGUUUAAAAAAUGAAGAUAUCAAAGAAGAACGUGAUAUUAAAGAGGAGAUUGAGAGUUGUUCAGAUAAUGAAGAGUCAAGUGUACCCCAAACGGAUUCAGAACAAGAUGUCAGUGACCCCGAACUACAAGUUAUAGAAGGUGACAAGGGUCAGUCGACAAGAAAAGAAAAGAAAAAGAAAUCAAAAUUAACUCCUGAAGAGUUACAAAAGAAGCUGGAACUAGAAGAGCAAAAUCAUUUCCGUAAUGAGCACGGGAUAAAAGCAGUUGGCCGUCACAUUCCUAACGCAUUGAGAGACUUCAAUGAACUGAUUACAAAGUAUAGUAUAUCCCCGUCAAUGGUGGAAGUACUUUUACAGUGUGGUUACUCUGAACCCACACCCAUUCAACGUCAAGCUGUACCAUGUUUAUUGGAGAAUCGUCAAAUCGUAGCCUGUGCUCCGACUGGAUCUGGUAAGACAGCAGCAUUCCUAAUGCCUCUGUUACACAUGCUCGGAGCUCCUCAAGGCGGUCCGAGAGCCCUAGUGCUCUGUCCCACUAGAGAACUGGCCAACCAAAUAUACCGCGAGGCCAUAAGACUCUCGGCAUCCACUCAGUUGAGAUGCUCAGUCAUCAGGAGUCUCAAGGAAAGUAAGAUCAAGGAGCGAGAAGCUACGAUAAGGAAAAGUGAUUUAGUUAUAAGUACACCGAAUCGUCUCUGUUACUUGCUGAAACAGGAAACAGUGGGAAUAAACAUGGACAAGGUGCAAUGGCUGGUCAUAGAUGAAGCUGACAAGUUAUUCGAGGGCUCCCAAGAGGAGGUGGACACCUUCCGCCAACAGCUGGACAUUAUCCUCAGCAGCUGCAAGUCCCGCCUGGCCAUGUUCAGCGCGACACACACGCCAUCUAUCGCCAAGUGGGCGAGACACAACAUGAGAGGGCUCAUUAACAUCACCGUCGGACACAGGAACGCAGCUUCCUCAUCGGUGGAGCAGGAACUUCUGUUCUGUGGCAACGAGAGUGGGAAGCUGGUGGCUUUCAGACAACUCAUUCAGAAGGGUCUCAAACCCCCCGUACUAGUGUUCGUCCAAAGUAAAGAUCGCGCCAAAGAGCUGUUCAAGGAACUAUUAUACGACGGGAUCCAGGUGGACGUCAUACACGGAGACAGGACACAGGCACAGCGUGACAAGGUGGUCCGUAGCUUCCGGCUGGGUCGCGUGUGGGUGCUGCUCUGCACAGAGCUGAUGGCGCGAGGGAUCGACUUCCGGGGAGUGAACCUCGUCAUCAACUACGACCUGCCGCCCUCCGCCAUAUCCUACAUACACAGAGUGGGGCGAGCUGGCCGCGCGGGCGCCAGGGGUCGGGCCAUCACGUUCUUCACCCAGGACGACGUCGUCAACCUGAGGAGUAUCGCAGCGGUCAUGAAGCAGUCAGGCUGUGAGGUCCCCGAGUACAUGCUGAAGCUCAAACAGAACCCCAACAAGAGGAAAAGACUAGUGAAGAAGGCGCCGCACCGGGAUAAGAUAUCUACGAUCGUCAAAAAACCUGAAAAACGGAAACUUGAAUCUGAAGACGAAAAGAAAACUGAAAAGAACGAGACGGAAGGAAUUAGUAAGGGACAACACAACACACAGAGGAAAGUCGAGAAGAAACAUAGCAGACAGAAAGAAAAUAAACUAGGAAAUAAAAGAAGAAAGAAGAUUGGGAAAAAAGAAUAACGUCCAAGAAGAAAGAUACUUACAAUAAAAUGGAAAUUUAUUCUUAUAGUAAAUAAAACAUAACCAAGUAUUGAA